AUGGACAUCUUUCUGUUGGUGUCUCUAUUUUCCGCCUUGAUUGGAUACACCUCGGCGACAUCCACUAACACAGUGUGUAAAGAGGUGGCGUGUAGUAGCUGGUCAUACAAGCCCGCCACCUGCCGGAUAGACAAUGCACCAGGGGACAUAAUAUCAGCAGUGGUAGCGAGAAGGGAAUCAAGAUCGGCUUGUUUGUAUCGCAAGUCAUUUGGCUUUUAUCCCAGAGGACGGGUCGUUUGGGUUAAAGACGGUUGUAGGGCACGUUUCCAGGUGUGCUUCACACUACAGACUGGCGCCUGCGGAUACGGCUGUGGUAAAAACGCUGAAUGUGUGGCGGGGAAGUGUAUGUGUAGAAAAGGAUACGUUGGUAACCCAAAUAAAGUGUGUGAAGCGUCCUGUACGUGUACCGUUUCUGGUGAUCCUCAUUUCCGGACCUUCGAUAAACAGAUGAUUCACUUCCAGGGCAUAUGUAAAUACACACUUGUAAAGGUCAAGGACGCCAAUGAUCUAUGCCAUUUCAAUGUUGAGGUGAAGAAUGAACGUCGAGGGAAAAAUGCAAAAGUCUCGUUCGCAAGAUUAGUAGACGUAACAAUACAUGGCUUCAAAAUCAGACUGCACUUCAACAAAGUUGUUUACAUUGAUGGCAUAAAAAAAUACUUGCCAAUUUCCUUAGAAUCCGGAAACAUACGUAUCUACAACGCCGGUAAAUAUGUCCGCCUCACAUCUAAGUGUGGUCUCACUGUCGGCUGGGACGGUAGAUCACAAGUUUACAUUCAAAUCCCUAGGAGAUUUGGACCGAAGGUAGCUGGUCUGUGUGGGGACUGUAAUGGAAUCAAAGACGACUACAAGACAAGUUCGGGCGAGGACGUCUCCGCUGAGCCCAAUAAAUAUCAACUGAUAGGACAGAGUUACCAAGUCAAGGACGAUUCUGAUAAACCAUCAGAAAGUUGUAAGACAGAGGAAGUUGACCAUGACGUUUGCCCUGCCGAUAUGAAGACGAAGGUGGACGAAAAUCGGUACUGCGGCUAUCUGAACCAAAAGCUUGCUCACCUGAGCCCGUUCCAUGUUUGUUUAGCGUAUUACCCUGUAGUUGCACAGGAAAUGUACGAGUCUUGUAAGUAUGAUGUCUGCUCUUUCUACACUGACGAAACCCGGAUCAAAGAAGUCGUAUGCAACAUACUGGAAGGAAUGGCCACGGAAUGCGAGUCCCGCGGAAUUUCCAGCGUGUGGAGGAAACCUGAAUUAUGUGGCAUGACCUGUCCCCCCAACAUGGUAUACAGCUACUCGGUCAGUGGAUGUCCAGCGACCUGUGUUGACCAGAACCCAGAUUUGGCCACAUGUCAUGUUCCUCCGACAGAGGGAUGCAGAUGUAAGGAAGGUUUCGUCCUCAGCGGAGUCGACUGUGUCCCUACGUCUGAGUGUGGCUGCUCUUCUCCGCUUGGAUAUCUACCUUUGAAUAAGAAGAUAACAAGCGCUGACUGCCGAAAUAUAUCGGCGUGUGUCCAGUUAAACGGGAAACCGUUCCUUCAGCAAGCUCCCAACCCGCUAAAGUGUCACCAACACGCGACCUGUGGACUGUUACAUGGUCAGCCUCACUGCGUGUGUAACGAUGGUUACUUUGGGGACGGUGUGAAUGACUGCGAAAUUUUAGGUGUUUGUGGUGGAAAGACAUGCUGUGCCAACACUAUCUGUAUCAAUUACAACUGUAUAUGUAAGAACGGCUAUACAGGAGACGGGUACAAACUCUGUUCACGGCUAGGCGUUUGUGACAACAAAGUGUGCUGCCAAAAUGCGGAAUGUGUAAAUUAUCACUGUGUUUGUAAAGCUGGGUUUUAUGGCGACGGGUACGCCGACUGUAUCGAGCUUUGUCACGGUAGAAAGUGUGUAGACAACGCUUACUGUGAGAAUGGUAAAUGCGAAUGCACGGACGGUUACCAUGGCGACGGAUACAUAAAGUGUGAACCUGAAUUCUCUUGCGGCGGGAAAACAUGUGUCACCAACGCUGUGUGUAUCAACUUCCAGUGUCAUUGCCGACCGGGUUUCUAUGGCGACGGAUAUGUUGGAUGUAAACGUCUUUGUGAUGGGCGAGUCUGCGUGGACUACUCUUAUUGUUUCCGAGACAAGUGUAUUUGUCAAGACGGUUACCAUGGCAACGGCUACAUCCAAUGUGAACCAUUGAAACAGUGUGGAAACAAGACAUGUGUUCUUAACGCCAAAUGUAUCAACUUCAACUGUAUCUGUAAGGAGGGAUAUGUAGGGGAUGGAUACAGGGAGUGUGAAUCUUUGUGCGAUGGCAAACCAUGUGCCGAGUUUGCAAGAUGUCAGGGCGAUGUUUGUAAAUGUAUGGAUGGUUACCAUGGGAACGGCUACAUCAAAUGCGAGCCUGUGUACUUCUGUGGGUCGAGGAGGUGUGCUGUCAAUGCGGAGUGCCGUAACUAUCAAUGUGUCUGUAAAGCCGGUCACUAUGGUAACGGAUACAACAGGUGUUAUCCUCUCUGUAAUGGAAAGAAGUGUGCUGAUGACGCUGAAUGUGAAAAUGGUGUUUGUAAAUGUAGAGAAGGCUACCAUGGAAACCCACAUGUUAAAUGUGAACCAACGACUGAAUGUGGCGGAAAGAUAUGUACUCAAGACGCAGUCUGUGUCAAUUACCACUGCAACUGUAGGGAAGGUUUCACCGGUAACGGCUACGUCAAAUGUGUAGAGUUAUGUGACGGGAAAUUAUGUAAGCUGAAUGCCUACUGUAAAAAUGGCGUCUGUAGAUGUAAUGCGGGUUUACAUGGAGAUGGAGCAAUCAAGUGUGAACCCCUCGGUACUUGUGGUGGGAAGAGAUGUUGCCAAUAUGCUCAUUGUUACAACUACAAAUGCGUAUGUGACGACGGAUAUACUGGAAAUGGAUAUGAAAAAUGCCAUGUAUUUUGUGACGAUCGAAGAUGUGCUCAAUAUGCCUACUGUGAAAAUAACGAAUGUGUCUGUCAGAAUGGCUUCCAUGGCAACCCAUAUAUCAAGUGUGAACAUGAGAGUACGUGUGAUGGAAAACCGUGCGCACCCUACGCCGAAUGUAAAAACUACCAAUGCGUAUGUAAGGCGGGUUACCUUGGAGACGGAUAUAGACAAUGCAGAGCACUCUGUGGUACUAAGGAAUGCCCUGACAAUACCAUGUGUAUUGGCGGUAAAUGCACCUGUAUUAGCGGUUUCCAUGGCAACCCCGAUAUUCAAUGUGAACCCAUGGGUGUGUGUGGAGGUAAAGUGUGUGAUGAAUACGCCGAGUGUGUAAACUACCAAUGUCGAUGUAACCAUGGUUAUGUAGGCGAUGGUACAAAAAUUUGUGAAAAACUUUGUGGGAAAAGUAAGUGCGUGGUUAAUGCAAUUUGCCAAGAUGAGAAGUGUGUCUGUUUACCGGGUUACCAUGGUGAUGGCUACAUCAACUGUGAAGGUGAAGGAGAGUGCAAUGGAAUUCCAUGCUGUGAGAAUGCAGAAUGCAUAAACUACAAUUGUAUCUGUAAAACCUCCUACUAUGGGGACGGGUACCAUACUUGUUACCCGUACUGUUCAGGACGAAAGUGUGGGGAGCAUGCCAUAUGUUUAGAUAAUCGGUGUGUAUGUGUGACGGGAUUCCAGGGUGAUCCUUACAUCAAAUGCGAACCGUUCGGGAUCUGUGACGGAAUCCAUUGCGCUGAUUAUUCAGAGUGUCUCAACUACAAGUGUGUUUGCAAGAAGGGCUACAUCGGGAAUGGUUACCAGCGAUGUAAACCAUUGUGUGGAGGUAAAGAGUGUGUAUUGUACGCACAUUGUGAGACAGGCACGUGUAAAUGUAACAGCGGUUACCACGGAAACGGCUAUGUCAUGUGCGAAUCUAAUACACAAUGUGGUGGAAAGGAAUGCUGCCAGAACGCCGUUUGUACCAACUACCAAUGUCACUGCCAGUUAGGGUACUUCGGCGAUGGUUAUAACAGCUGUGCAGCUCUCUGUGGAGGGCGGAAGUGUGUGCAGUACGCGCGGUGUCUUGACGGUAGCUGUGUAUGUGAUCCAGGAUACCACGGCGAUGCUCUCAUCAAGUGUGAACCUAAAUAUUUCUGUGGAGGGAGACAAUGCGCAGACAAUACACGGUGUAUCAACUAUAAAUGCCAGUGUCUGGAAGGUUAUAUUGGCGAUGCCUACAAACAGUGUGAUGCCCUUUGUGAUGGAAGGAAAUGUGCCGAUUAUGCUUACUGUGAAAACAAGAAAUGCUUGUGCCAGCCGGCAUACCAUGGCGAUGGUUUCAUCAAGUGUGAACGACUAGGUGUUUGUGGAGGGAAACACUGUGCCCGGAACGCCGAGUGUACCAGUUAUCACUGUGUGUGUCCCCAGGGUUACGUAGGUAACGGAUACAUCUACUGUGAAAAGUUAUGCAACGGGAGGAAAUGCGCAAAAUAUGCAGAAUGUACAGAUUCAGGAUGCCAAUGUCAACCUGGUUACCAUGGUAACCCGUAUAUAAAUUGUGAAGAGAUAAGUCUAUGUGGUGGUAAAGCUUGCGCAGAAAACGCCCAGUGUUCAAACUACGUUUGCCAAUGUAAGCCAGGUUACCUAGGAGACGGCAUCGUGAAGUGUCAAGAAACAUGUAAUGGGAGUCUUUGUGUUGCUUUUGCGGAAUGUAAUAACGGUAAAUGUGUGUGUCAGGAAAAUUACCAUGGAUUCGGUUCCUGGAAAUGUGAACCUUACGGUAUUUGCAAUGGCCAGAAGUGUGCUACCCACGCCAAAUGUAUCAAUUUUCAAUGUAUAUGCGAGGCUGGACAUUUCGGGGAUGGUUACAAUUCUUGCAAACCUUUUUGUGGAGGAGGUGUAUGUACGGAACACGCCCAAUGUACCAAUGGAGUAUGUGUUUGUCACACCGGGUAUCACGGAAAUGGUUACUUAAAGUGCGAACCACUCGGUAUAUGCGGAGGCCAUGAGUGUGCUAAAUAUGCAGUCUGUGAGAAAUUCAAAUGUGUCUGCAGACCGGGCUAUUUCGGCGACGGAUAUACUUACUGUGACCUGGACGGGUACUGUCGAGGGCAGAAAUGUGCAGACAACGCGGAGUGUAUCAACAAUAUUUGUGUUUGUCGUGGAGGCUACUCAGGUGAUGGAGAAAAGGCCUGUUUACGGAAGUGCGUGUGUUCCGCUUCUGGCGAUCCUCACUACUGCCGUUACGAUGGCAAAAAACUGAACUUCCAAGGAAUAUGUAAAUACACACUGACAAAGCUAAUAAAGACCAUAGACGGGUGUUAUUUUAAUAUUGAAGUUAAAAAUGAACAUCGAGGCAAGAACACGCGUGUGGCAUGGACACGAUAUGUCGAUAUCAGGAUCAACGAAGUUAACAUAAGGUUGCUGAGGGAAAAGAACGUGUUGGUUAACAGUUACCUCCAGCAUCUACCCGUUUCGGGAAACGGCUAUCAGAUAUACAGAAGCGGUAUAUGGGUAGUUGUGACCUCGCAGUGCGGAUUGACGGUAUGGUGGAAUGGCAAGGCAUCCGUCGUUGUGGAGGUCAAGGUCAACUACGGACCUUAUCUUACCGGUAUAUGUGGUAACUGUAACGGCCUAGACGACGAUGACCGGAAGCGGGAUGGCGAAGACGUUACAGGAUAUCCCAAACGUAAACGGGGCGCUAUAAUUGGCCACAGUUAUAUGGUUGAGGAUGAUUCGGAGCCGGAAGGAGGGGUUAUAGAAGAAUGCAAGACAGAAGAGGUAGAAACACCCGAGUGUUCUGAGGAGAACAUGGAAGCGGCUAAGGCUGUACAUUUGUGUGGUUUGCUUGACUACAGCGUAAAGGACAGCCCAUUCCGUCAGUGUAUUAGGCAAAAUCCAAUACUGGCAGAUAUCAAGCUCAAGGCCUGUGUUUUCGACGUCUGUGCAAACCUGGGGGAUACUUCCGUCGACACACGGUCCAUAGGAUGCGGCUACUACGAGGAAUUCGACGCGGAGUGUUCGCUACGAGGCUUCCAUGCUAGAUGGAGAACAGCCGAUAUAUGUCCCUUGCCAUGUCCAGCUAACAUGCGAUACAGCCCGACCGUGAGUGGCUGUCCGCCGUCCUGUCUGAAUCCUAACCCUUCGUGUAAUCUGCCGACUACGGACGGAUGUGAAUGCCUGCCUGGCCUGCUCGAGAGUGGCGACAAGUGCGUGAAGAAAGAAAGUGUGGAUGCCAGUGUGGGGACCUACCCUACGUCCCGAUUGGUGAGCAAUAUGUGACAGAGGAUUGCGCGGAGAUAACAGAGUGUCGAUUGGUCUCUGGAAAGCCAGUGAUGAGGGGCGUAAAGAUUAAUGUAGAAUGUGGGACAAAUGCAUCGUGCGCCCUUAAAGAGGGUGUACCCACGUGCACGUGCAGGACCGGAUACACGAGAGACAGAAAUGGGACAUGUCUUUCCAUACAACAUUACUAAUACGUAUAGAACGAUUUCAUUAAAGAAUAAAGAAAUGUUUGGUACGCGAUUUUAUGUAAAUAAUUCCCAAUGAAAUCAUGCUGUCGACAUAUUUACAAUCUACAUCAAAAGAAACCUAAUUCCUUGAUGCAAGUUUGCCCGUUAUCUGCAGUUCGUAAAUGUUCUUCACAUAUGAUAGCAUUUUUGCUAAAGUUAAACCUGGUUAACAACAAACCAACAACCAAUUUUUAUCAAUUCAAAAAGGAUAAAACUUUAUUAAAUUAACGUUUAGCAAUAUUGCUUCGAAUCAAAACAUCAGAACAUACAUUUAAAGCUUGCACAUUGAAACAUUAAAGCCAUUUCAUGGAACACAUAUUUAGAAAAUAUGACUAAUUAUAUCAAAAGUUGUGACUUGAAUUAUAUACAGUUGGAAAUUAAUGAAUCGAGCAAAAAAUGAAAUAUAUUUUACAAGUUUUAAUAUUGCAAAUGGCAACGUAAAUCAAAAUGAGACAAAUGAUACAUAGUAUGCUAGGAAACUAAAUAGUAUUAGUUAUAUAUUACAAAUUAAAGCAUACGGUAACAUGUACACAAAAUAUCAAAUGGUCAAGUAAAUAUAUACUUCUAAGUUUGUCCUACAAAAUAGCAUUACAUUUGGCACUUUUCGUUUUAAACAUUUUAACUCUUUGUGGUUCUACAACAUAUCACGAUCAUCGUUAAAUAUGCGAGAAAUACAGCGAUCAUCUUGACAUAUCGAGAAUAUGGAUCACAUAAAAAAAUCUCGAGGAUAUAUAUAUAUAUCAUAUUAGUAGAUUCUACAGAUUUGGAGAUAGCUUGUUACUGUAUCAAGUUAUUAACCCACAUUUGUUUUGUAUUUAUCUUGCAAUAUGCCAAUUGGGCCAGCACAUAAUCUCCAACUCAACUGUGGAAAAAAGCUUUUCUUAUUAGUUACUCUUCAAUCUGAUCUUUUAUGAAAUUUCCGUACUUGUUACAUUGUGACUUGGUAGUGUCAAUGUAAUUAACGAAAGUUCAAACGUUUCUGAACCAUCUAUGUGCUUCCAUUUCUAUGUCAAAACCAUUUUUCGAUAGCGUGAAACGAGAAAAACAUAUCUGACCUGAUCUAAAGCAGAAUGCUAUCAAAAACUUUUAAAAUCUGAUGCUAAUAUUUUACAACGCUUAUGAAAUAGAAAAAUAAACAUAAUAUAUGUUGAUGCCUUCAAUUUCUUCAGCAACAAGCUAAUUGAACAUGUACGCAAUAAGUUGCUAGAGAUUUGUACAACUUUUAAAUGAAGAAGCAUAGUGAAAUGAUUUAUGAAAUGGAAUGGACAAGAAAUCAAACAAGGAUACCUAGAAAUCAGAUUUCAAUUAAUACUUUAAAAUCAAUUUCAAAACUAGAGAAAAUGUUUAUAAGAUAUAGCAUGAAACAUUUUCUUUUAUUAAACUUUCUGUUUCAUAAUACAGCUUUCAUUUCUUGCAAAUCUUAUAAGAUUUCCUAAUUGAAACUAGUUCUGAAAAACAACAUAUUCUAAGAAAUAUAUUUUAAUUUUCAGCAAUAAUAAGAAUGACAGACUUAACAAAAUGGCCACCCCUAAGGGAACAUUUUAGUGGCAUCAAAACCAUGAAUAAUAUAGCAUACACUUUUAUGUUAUAAACAUUUUGAACACAUUUUGAAAGAUACUUUUAUUAAUAUCCUCAUCCUCAAGAAUAAUUUGAGGUUUUAGCUGUAGAAAAUUACAAAUGCAGAUAAAAUUGUGAGUAUUUAACAUUUUCAAUGCAAUAAGGCACUAUCAGCUUGAUAUAAAACAAAGCCCAGUGGGCCUGUGUUCACCAUGCUACUGAGGGCUAACAAACUCCUGUGUAGGUAUAGAGUAUUGUUUUUACACUUUUAUAACAACAGCACCGGGGACGAAUGGAGAACUAGUGAACCAUUCUGAAUCAAUACUCCAGAAAGCACUUAAGAAUUGUGGUCAGUCAUAUUCAUUGGAUUUACUUACAAAAAAAGUCAAGUAAAAUUCACAAGUUCAGCUUCAAAACAUAUUGUAAAUAAUAUCAAUAAAUCUUUGGUAUGAAUUAUACAAUCAUUUCAUGACAAACUCAGGAUAGGGUAGAGUUGAUCCCCUUUAAUAUGAGUUCUCUAACAUCUCUAAAUGUUACAAAGUUAAUUUCAACGAGUUUGACUAGAAGCAUUUAAUGAAAAUGCAUGCACACAAAUAUUCUGAAAUUAGUUAAAUCUAAACAUUCACCAUCGCAAAUGAAAACAAAUUAUCCUUUGUAAAUAUGAAAACGGUACGUUUCGACAUAAAACAUUUCAUUGUGAAUUCUGGCAUAUUUUAUCACAUUUUCCUCAUGACAAUGAAAUGCAUGAAUAUUACUUUCUAUAACUAAUUAUAAUCACAGUAUGUCUAUUUUUUAUAAAGAUUCAUUCCUAAAUGGGAUAAUGAUGAGGGCAAUAUUUUGUUAUUAAUAUCCACACACUACAGUAUUUAGAAUACUACCAUGAUAAAACUUUGGACAUCAUUGCUAACAUUGGGUUUCCCAAUGACGUUUACAAUAUACUAGAACGCACUACAGGCAUGAAACAAAACAUGAAAAAGUUUGACAAUUUAGCUAUGUCGAGUACAUGAUGGCGGAUGUGUGUAUCAUUGAACUAGGAUUUAACCUCUCAAACUUUGACAACCAACAUUUUGUAUCAGUUUGUCAAAAUUAAUAUAUAGAGACAGACAUAAUGCAAACAGGAGGCUUUUCACGCUAGAAGGAUUCAAUUAUCGAUUACAGCAUACUUUUAUGUGUAAAUUAAGGCAAAUAAUAUGAGACUUUAUUUUCACAUGAACAUCUCAUCCCUGGAGUCGGAAGCAAAAUAAUUUGAGAAUUGGGUAAAUAUAAAUAUGAGCAUUUCAAAAUAAACAAAGAAUAAUAUGUUCCAAAUACGUUUCCCUGUUCAACCUAGACCAAGUAAACCAUACAUAUAGAAUUUUCUUGAACACUUUAUUGUUAACAAUUCAUUAAACAUUUUGAAUAUACAUGUCACAAGUACGUAUCCAUAGCAAAUUCAUAUCAUAUUACAGUAUAAGUGAAUUACAAAAAUAUCUCGGAACAUAAAUAUAUCAAAGCACACAUACAUACAAAUAAAUGAGGUACAAAAUCUCUACAGCUUCUAAAAGUGUGCACCAAAAACUUACUGCAUCUAAAACAGAAAAAAACAUAAGUGUCCACUGUAUAAUUAAGCUUGAAAACAUUAGAAAAUUCUGACAAACAUGACUGAUACGAUUAUGGUUAUGGUAUAUGCUUUGUCAAUAUCGAGAUUGCAAAGUUGAUGUUCUUAAAAAUGUUUGCAUAGAAAAAAAAAUCUAAAAA